UUUUUUUUGCAUGUAUUUUUUACAGUAUACACUGUCCAUAAACUUUCAAAGGACUUUUUGGAAUAUGUAUAUGUUCAUUCAGAUCUUGCCAACUUGAUUGGCAUAUUUAGUGGCUCUUGUCUAGUUAGUUGGCAUAAAUGAUGGUACAGUGUAGUGGUCGUUUUGGACUUUCACCUAGAACUAGUAUCAGCAGUAGACUUUACUUUCAAUAGGCUAAUAUAAUUGAGACUGUGCAUUGAACUAUUAUUUUUAAGUACCAUUUCCUACCAUAUUUUGCCACUAUGUACCAAGCCUGUGCUGGCUAUAUAAAGUUUUAUUACAAGCUGCGGUGUGCAUUGUGGUUGUCUUUGUUUUACGGAUGAGGGAAUUCAGACUGAGCAAAGCCACGGUCUCAAGGUCACAUAACAGAAUCCCGUUUCGGGCUCCUAAACCAAUUCUCCUUUUUCUUACAUUAUGUUCUAAAGGCUCACCAGGCAGCUCACGGAUUAUGUGUUUAACUUUUUGCUACCUAAUGUGCAGAGGAUCUUGUCUAAAUUCUGGAACUACCUUGGACUCUCUGCAGUGGAUAAAAACACAGAUUGUUGUUUCUCAGGUUGCUUAUGAAGCAUAUAAUCGGAUCUGGGUAAUUCAGAAUGAGAGCAUCUUAUGACAGGGCUGUCUGAAGCAGUAGAGAAUUCAGGUACUCUCCUGAAGGGCCUGUUCCACAUUCUGGCGUCAGAGUCCCUGCUGCUAUUUCAGGUAUAGUGGAAACAUAUUAUUUUAUUUGAAAGAAAUGAGUGUAACUAGCAUUGCGCUGAGAGUUGAAACCUGGCUUUUAGCUACCUGGCAUGUUAAAGUACCCCUAAUGUGGCUGGAAGCUUGUGUUAGUUGGAUCCAAGAAGAAAAUAAUAAUGUUAAUUUGAGUCAGGCCCAAAUAAAUAAGCAAGUGUUUGAACAAUGGCUGCUUACUGAUCUGAGAGAUUUGGAGCAUCCUCUUUUACCUACUAGUAUUUUAGAAGUCCCAAAAGGAGAACUGAAUGGAUUUUAUGCUCUACAGAUCAAUUCUUUGGUUGAUGUAAGCCAACCUGCAUAUUCCCAGAUACAAAAGCUGAGAGGAAAGAAUACAACAAAUGAUCAAGUUACUGCUGAGACGCAAGUAACCCAAAAGCCUUGGGAAGCGAAACCAUCACGAAUGUUGAUGCUCCAGCUAACUGAUGGAAUUACACAAAUCCAGGGGAUGGAAUAUCAGUCUAUUCCAGCUCUUCAUAGUAAUCUUUCUCCAGGUACAAAAAUUUUGAUUUAUGGAAGCAUUUCUUUCCGUCUUGGUGUCCUCUUAUUGAAAGCAGAAAAUGUGAAGGUGUUAGGCGGUGAAGUCGAUGCUCUGUUGGAAGAAUAUGCCCAAGAAGCUGUCCUUGCAAGACUGAUUGGGGAACCUGAUCCUGCAGUUUCAGUCCUACCGAGUAAUUCUAACCAGAACAUCCCCAGGAUUACAGAUGUUCCGGAUCCUGCCUUAGCACCUUCUGAUGAGGAGCUCUUGGCAAGUCUUGAUGAGAAUGAGGAGCUUGCAGAAAAUAAUGACACCUUGGAAAGAGGUUUCAACAUUGGUGGUUCUUCAGAUAUGAUUCCUGCAAGACACUCAAGUUUUGAAUCAAAAUCAAAAGAGAAACCACCAAAUCAGUCUAUGUAUUUCACUGAUGAGGAAUUAGAUGACUUUUCACUGGAAGAAGCCUUGCUUUUAGAAGAAACUGUGCAGAGAGAACAGAUGGAAACUGAAGAGUUGCAGCCAUUGGUGUUAAGCAGAAACACAGAUACAAGUAUACAGAGGGUUUUGCAUAAACCUAAUGCUACUAAUGAUUUUUCUUUGAUUUGCAAAGAUGGAAGCAAUAACUGGAGUGAAAAAAAUCUGCCUGGACAAAUGGCUAAUGAAGACAAAUCUUUUGGUUGUUCACCUGCUGGAGAUCAAAAUAGUAAUGUUUUUUCUGGACAUCGUAAUGUGCCCAUAGCUCAUGAUUUUACAGAUAAAUAUAAGAAUUCAGAGAGAGAUGAUAAAAUAAAACAAAUCAUCAGCAGUUCAGAUGGAUGUUCUUUAACAAAUAAAACAUUAAACAGGGAGCCAGUUGUCUCUAUGCCAAAAAGGAGUCCACACAUUUCUAAUGAAAAUGGUCAUCAUGGGCAGACUGUUUCUUUAAGAUCGUCAGAGAAUAACACGGAUUUUCCUCUUGCCUUGGAUUUGUAUACUCCACCCUUCAUCUAUUUGUCUGUUUUAAUGGCCAGCAAACCAAACGAAGUUACAACGGUGAAAGUCAAAGCAUUUAUUGUAACUUUAACUGGAAAUCUCUCCAGUUCUGGUGGCAUUUGGAGUAUAACUGCAAAGGUUUCUGAUGGGACUGCAUAUCUAGAUGUAGACUUUGUAGAUGAAAUACUUACUAGCCUGAUAGGGUUUUCAGUAGCAGAAAUGAAACGGUUAAAGAAGGAUCCUCUUCAGUACCGUAAGUUCCUGGAAGGUUUGCAGAAAUGCCAGAGAGAUCUAAUAGAUUUGUGCUGUCUCAUGACUAUUUCAUACAACCCUUCGUCAUCCAAAGCAAUGAUACUGGCAUUAGAAGAUGUUAAUAUGGAACACCUUGAGACCCUAAAGAAGCGAUUGGAUAAAUAACUUACUAAUAUAGUAUUAGGGAUCAAUUCAAAAUAACACGGAUAGUGCUCACUUCAACAGCACAUGCGCUAAAAUUGGAAUGAUACAGAUGACAAGGAUACAUUUAGAAUUUAUUCACAAUUUUUUGAAGCCUUCUGUUUGUAAAGAGAAAUAGCUAUUUAAUUUUAAAAUGUUAAAUUAUGUUGUAUUUUUUUAAAAUAAACUUUUAUACUAAUUGUCAAAUGCUGGAAUUUAGUGACAUAGUUUUAGCAAUUUUUCAAUCUCCUUUCAUGUAAGUUGAUGGUUGAUUUGAUUAUUAUUCACUGAUGAGUCAUGGUGAAAUUAUUUAUAAAUAAGAUGUUUUACUUCUGUGCU